AAAACUGGACCAUACACACUAGCUGUGGACAUUGGGUGCGGAAAUGGACAUAGCACCACCCACUUUGCUCAACACUUUGAACAAAUAAUUGGUUUUGACGCGAGUCAAGAACAAGUUAAAGCAGCCAAUGACAGCAAUGAGUUUUCAAAUAUUCAGUAUAAAUUUGGAAGAGCGGAAAACAUUCCGAUUGAAAGCCAGACGGUUGAUCUAGUGAGUGUGGCAAACUGUGCUCAUUGGUUCGAGAAUAUCGAUAUUUUCUACAAAGAAGUUGAGAGAGUGCUGAAACCUGGAGGAUGUCUUGCUAUAUAUGGGUAUGGUGAUCUGAAAUUACACCACGAGACAAAGAGUGAAGCAUUACAGGCGAUUUACGAUGAG